UCCAUCUCGACCCUCUUUCUACAUAUCAUCACUGCCGUCAAACCCGCCACGUCUGACGCAUGUCAAGCUCCUGCAAUAUAGAGUGCCGCGUGGGUGGACCUCGCUUGUUCCUCGCCGAAAAGUUGCCGUCAUCCGUUUCGCAUGAUUCCUGUAAACAUGAAACCGCCCGCAGCCGGCCGAACGUUUCAAUCCAGGUCUUCGGCGCUUCCAUCGGAUUAGACGACUCGCUUGUAUGCCGCAAAGCAGCUAGCCGACUGCCUCCGACAUGGCUUGCCGCUAUCGUGGAAACGCCUCUCCAGAGCUCUAGCCUAGUCGUUCAUCAUGCGCGGUUCCUACUGCCUCGGACCUCGUUUUAUUGGUGGUUUAAUAUCUGCAGGCAUACGAGACAAGCUUCACGCAUUGCCUGGCACCCUUGCGCUGGCAGACGCCCAAUCCACCUUUGGAUGUACAAGUCACGAAGCGAUGUUGCGAGGCGGAACCCAGCGGGAUUCCGUUUCGAACGUUUGAUGACAUGGCCCACCGAGGGGCAGUAUGGGAAAUGGCAUGAUUCGGUGGGAGCUAUAUAGGUAUCCCGCUUUUCUUCUGUCCCACCGUCCACCAUUUACCGACAAUUCUUUUCAUCAAGGCUUCUUGUCGUUCUUUGGUCUGAGACCUCCAUUCGUUCU